CCGCUGAUGGCGGGGAGGAGUUGUGGAAGGACUUUGAGUUAAGUUAGUUCGCCCUCGCAGACAGGGACAAAACAGUCGGGCUUUUGUCCUCGUUCAGUCGUUUACAACUUGUCUAACUGUUAGCUGAGAACAGAUCAAUCACAGCCAUGACAAAGGACCCAAAUAAGCCAAGAGGAAAGACCUCCUCGUAUGCUUUCUUUGUUUCGACCUGCCGUGAAGAGCACAAAAAGAAACACCCAGGGACCAGUGUGGGCUUUGCAGAGUUUUCCAGGAAAUGCUCUGAGAGAUGGAAGACCAUGUCAGCCAAGGAGAAGGUGAAGUUCGAGGAUUUGGCUAAGAACGACAAGGUCCGGUAUGAGCGUGAGAUGAAAACAUACAUCCCGCCUAAAGGUGCUCCAGGCAAAGGCAAGAAGAAGAAAGACCCUAACGCACCCAAAAGGCCACCUUCUGCUUUCUUUGUGUUCUGCUCUGAUCACCGUGCCAGAAUCAAGGAGGAGCAUCCUGGUAUUACCAUUGGUGACAUUGCCAAGAAGCUUGGAGAGUUUUGGUCUACACAGACAUCCAAAGACAAGGUUCCUUAUGAGGCCAGGGCUGGAAAACUGAAGGAAAAAUAUGAGAAGGAUGUUGCGGCAUACAAAGCCAGAAGUGGCUUGGGGAAGAGCGAUGCUGGCAAGAAGAGUGGCCCAGGCAGGCCUGCUGCCAAAAAAGCAGAACCAGUUGACGAUGAUGACGAGGAAGACGACGAUGACGAUGAUGAUGACGACGAGGAAGACGACGAUGAUGAAUAAGCGGUUUAUAUGCUAACAGAUGUGAAUUUUUGCAAUGCAUUUUUCAGAUCAAAUUGUGUAUGGAUGAGCCUGCUGUCCCUGUUGGUCUGCUGCUGGAGGAUACCAGACUUGUAUUCCUUUUCACAUUCAGGGUUUAGUUUUUAUUUUGUAACCUAGUCCCGUAAAAAAAAUUCUGCGUUUUCUGCUGAACUUUUGUUUGUUACAUCUAAGAUUGCUAUCUUAACGGGCAGCUAGAUAUGAAUUUCCUGUGAAAAUAAUACAAUGGACUAAAACUUGUAUAAGUGGUGGACAGCAUCAAAUCGGUAAAGUUUGGGGAAAAAUAGCAUAUUGUUUCUGGAGGCACUGCUUAUUUUUUCUGUUUAGUGGUGCGGUUUCUUCACUGUCAUUUUACUACCAAGUUAUCAGUAGUUUGAGUUAAAAUGUUUGAAGCCAUUUUUAAAGUGGAACUUUCAUGUAGAACAAAUUUCUUUUUUGUAAUAAAAUGUUGUAUAUUA